GUUUGUCUAUUGCUUCUAUAUUUGUCAUCUCAAGUCUCAACAACCCCAAUCGGGCUGACCCGUAUUUUUCUUUGACCCGACCCGAUUGGUUCAGCCUGAUCUCCUCUCUCAACUACACUCACUUUCCACUGAGUUUUGGGUUCAUGCAGCAACCAUUGCUUAUUUCAGUUCCAGGUACUAUAAAUUUUUGUCCUCUGCUUUUAUGAUUGUCAUCUCAAGAACCCCAGUUGAAAAUCGGGCAGACCCGGAAUUUUCUUUGACCCGACCCGAUUAGUUCUGGCUGCUCUCCACUCUCAACUUCCUUUACUGUCCCCUGAAUUUUCUGAUUCAUGCAGCAACCAUUGGUUGUCUCAGUUCCAGAGGAAAUAAUGGAUGAAGCGCCGCCAUCAAAGUCAUUAUGGCAAUAUAUCUCAGCCUAUUGGACCAUGCUUUGUGAAAUGUAUUACAACAAGCCGAUUUCACAUUGGAUUCUUCUGUUUCUAAGUAGCAUGGGGAUGCUUGUUCCGUUCCCUGCUUCAAGCCUUUUGUCCCGUAUAUAUUUUGCAAAUGGUGGGAAGAGCAAGUGGAUAAUUUCAUGGGUUUCAGUUGCAGGAUGGCCUCUAAUCGCGAUAGUCCUGAUUCCCUCAUACUUCUUUCUUAAAGUGUUCCCGACGCCACUUGACUUAAAACUAACUUUAUCUUAUGUUGUAUUGGGAUUCUUGAGUGCUGCUGACAACCUCAUGUAUGCCUAUGCCUAUGCCUACCUGCCAGCAUCAACUGCUGCUCUUUUAGCCUCGACUUCACUGGUGUUUUCUGCAUUAUUCGGAUAUGUUCUCGUGAAAAAUACUAUGAAUCUAUCAAUUAUAAAUUCUAUCGUGAUCAUUACUGCUGCCAUGACGAUCAUUGCUCUUGAUUCUAGUUCAGACAGGUAUGGCUAUAUCACCGAUCGUCAGUACAUUAUUGGUUUUGUGUGGGAUAUACUGGGAUCUGCACUUCAUGGUCUGAUUUUUGCUUUGUCAGAGUUAGUGUUUGUGAAAUUACUCGGUAAAAGGUCUUUCCUUGUCGUUCUUGAGCAGCAACUCAUGGUUUCCCUCUUUGCCUUUAUAUUCACAACAAUCGGACUUGUUAUGAGUAACGGUUUCCAUGGGAUGAAAUCCGAGGCAACUACAUUCAAGGGUGGGGAAAACGCAUAUUACUCAGUUAUUGUUUGGGGAAUUAUCACUUUCCAGUUGGGAGUGCUGGGAGCCACGGCGGUUGUUUUCCUCUCAUCCACUGUCUUGGCUGGUGUCCUUAACGCUGUAAGAGUACCGGUUACUAGCAUUGCAGCUGUGAUAUUGUUGCAUGAUCCUAUGAGUGGUUUCAAGAUCCUGUCUUUGGUUAUUACAUUCUGGGGAUUUGGCUCUUACAUUUACGGUAGCUAUAGUCCCGCGAAAAAGGAAGCCCCAGGAACUAUUUCUUAGUUUUCGCGUUUUUGUCCAUUGAUAAAGGAUUGGAGAUCACAAAGUCUAUGUAUAUGUAUAUGUAUAUGUACUAGCUGGUUCAGUUGAAAUGGAACAACCAUUUCUACAACUGCAGGAACCUAUAUUUCUCAGACUCUUUAGAAGUGCUGAGGGGAGCAUGUCGAAUCCUCCAAACAUAGUACAAUUUUAGAGGAUCUGACACAAGUGCGGUAACAUUUUUAGGUUGAAACUAUGUACUUGUGGUUUUAGGUUGAAACUAUGUACUUGUGGAAGGUAGCAAAGAAAUUAUCCUUUCCUGCCAUUUCACUAUUCCAUUUAUACACAUGCUGUCCAACAAAUAUAGCAAGAUGUAUAACUUU